UGAACGAGUAAAGAACAGCAAAGCCGACAUCAAGUACCGGAAGUUAAUUCCAGAAAGUUGAAAAUGAAAUUGAUAUUCGCGACUCUCGUCGCCGUCAUAUUACUGGCUCAUGAGCUGGAAGCUUAUCAUCCCUUGUCUGACGAAUUCAUCGAGGAAAUCAACUCCAAAGCCAAGACAUGGACUGCAGGAAGAAACUUCGCAAAAAACAUUCCUAUGAGUUACUUUACGAAAAUGAUGGGCGUUCUUCCCAACAGCAAGAAGCACAAUCCACCUCUUCUUGAAACGGUCGGAUUUGACUAUACACAACUUCCACAGAAUUUCGAUGCAAGACAACAAUGGCCCCAUUGCCCGACAAUUCAAGAGAUUAGAGAUCAAGGGUCAUGCGGUUCAUGCUGGGCCUUUGGUGCUGUUGAAGCUAUGUCUGACAGAGUUUGCAUUCACUCAAACGGCAAAGUAAACUUUAGAUUUUCCGCCGAUGAUCUUGUGUCAUGUUGCUACACUUGCGGCAUGGGAUGCAACGGGGGAUUUCCCGGAGCUGCUUGGCAUUACUGGGUUCGUAAAGGAAUUGUGUCAGGUGGCAGAUACGGAUCAGACCAGGGAUGUCGCCCAUACGAAAUACCUCCGUGCGAACAUCAUGUAAAUGGUACAAGACCUCCAUGCACUGGCGACGAUAACAAAACUCCAAAAUGCGUUAAAGCUUGCGAAAAAGGCUACCCCAUUAGUUAUGCUAAAGACAAACAUUACGGAUCUAAAGCUUAUUCGAUUUCCAAGGAUGUUGAUCAAAUUCGUCAAGAGAUUUAUAAAAACGGUCCAGUUGAGGGUGCUUUUGAAGUCUAUGAAGAUUUAUUGAAUUAUAAAAGUGGUGUUUAUCAGCAUACCACUGGUAAAAUGCUGGGUGGACAUGCCAUAAGAAUUUUGGGAUGGGGUGUAGAGAACGACACCCCUUACUGGCUCAUUGCGAAUUCCUGGAACUCAGACUGGGGUGACAAUGGCACUUUCAAAAUUCUCAGGGGCGAGGAUCAUCUUGGAAUUGAAAGCGGAAUUGUGGCUGGAUUGCCAAAAGUUUAAUUUCAUCGAUAUGACACAUAUAUAUUACUACAUAAUAUUUUCUGUAUGUUUUAUUAUAGAUAAAUUUUAUUCUUAAUUCA